GCGCGCAACCACUUGCGCAUCGCACUUGUCUCGUUCUUUUUCUUCGCGAUGCGGGUGGUCCAUCGUUCUCUGUCCAACGCGACGGACCACCAAUAAGGUUUCUCUCGCGUCCACAUCAACACGCAACACAAACAAGUCCAAAACAUUUGAAACAUGUGCACCCCAUUGUCUGGCCAGUGAUUCCACCGAAUGUACGAAUAUGUGCUAGAUGAAGACGAAGAUGAGACUGUUGCUGUGCUUCUUGUGCAUUGUGCGCGUGUAUUCCAUCAUCAACAUCCUGGAGGAGGUGGGCACCGAUGAGGACUUUAAAUUUAAAUCGCCGAGCGAACGGGCCCCGUUCAUCAAGCACCGGGGACACAAGAACAACAACGAGGACAUGUUCUUGGACAAAUCGUUCUUGGAUUACAGCAAACGGCCGGCAACUUGCGAGCCGAUAUUAAACAAUUACACCUGCAUGGGGGCCAAGUUGCCGUACAAAACGACCACCCUCAAUCUCACCGACCUGAAUUCCCAAGAAAAGGUUCAAGAAAAACUGCAGUACUAUCAGUUCAUCCGUUACAUCCCUAAAUGUUGGUCGGUUAUCCAGCCGUUCUUGUGUGCACUGUACAUGCCAAAAUGCGAGGACGGGAACGUUUAUCUGCCGUCUAGGGAGAUGUGCAAAGUGACGUUGGAACCGUGCAAAAUUUUGUACAAUAGUUCUGUUUUUCCCGAAUUCUUAAACUGCGAGGACGAGCGGCUGUUUCCGCCAAAAUGCAAGAACGACAUUCAGGAGGUGAAAUUCAACACCACCGGUUUCUGCAUGGAUCCGUUAAUCAAGACUGAUUUACAAGAUUGGUUUUAUCCAGAUGUUGAAGGUUGCGGUUUAAAGUGCAAAGAUUCCCUUUACACCGAAAAUGAACAUUACCAAAUCCACAAGCUAAUCGCAUACUGCGUUUUAAUAUGCAUCGCCCUCAAUUUAUUCACCAGCACAACGUUCAUCAUAGACUGGAAAACGGCAAACAAAUAUCCGGCCCUAGCAAUUUUCUACAUCAACGUGUGCUUUUGCAUUUCGUAUUUCGGAUGGCUUAUCCAAUUUUUGGGCAACGACACCAGAGAAGAUGUCGUUUGUAAGAAAGACGGAACGUUAAGGAAGUCCGAGCCGAGCGCAAGCGAAAAUCUAUCGUGCGUCAUUAUUUUCGUCAUGGUUUAUUAUUUUUUCGUUGCCGGUUUAGUGUGGUUCGUCAUCUUUAGCUACGCUUGGUACAUGAGUUCGCUACAAGCUUUAGGGAAAAUACAGGAGAGGGUGGACAAGAAAAAGGCCUACUUCCACCUAAUUUCAUGGAGUCUACCUCUAAUUUUGACUAUCACCACGAUGGCAAUAGGAGAAAUAGACGGUGACUACGUUACAGGAAUAUGCUUCGUCGGUUUCGUUAAUAGAGCUGCCAGAACUGGUUUACUUCUAGCUCCUUUAGCUGCGACGAUGUUGGCAUCCGGAUAUAUAAUCGUCAAAGGUCUUAUACUUUUAACGAAAGUGAAAAUGGAGAGUCGUGACAUAAUAUCAGAACAUUCAAGUAGGAAAAUACGUUCGAAUAUUGUCAGGAUGAGCGUGUUCACGGUGUUUAUGGUCAUGUUUUGCGUCAUAACCUUCGGCUACCACCAUUACAUUUCGGUUAACACCGAUUCCUGGACGUCCAGCUUGAACUCCUACAUAAUGUGUAAAUUGACUAGUCUGAGCACCGAUCACUCCCACUGCAAACAGGAAUCUAGGCCGAGCGUGGCGAUGCUUCAGUUACAACUCUUGGCAGUUUUUGGCUCCGGAAUUGCUAUGGCGUCUUGGUGUUGGUGUGAUGCCACCUUGCACGCCUGGGGAAGAUAUAUUAGGAAAAAAUUUAAUUGUGAAAAAGACGAACAAACUAAACACCAGAAGCACAAAAUAAUAGCCCAGGCGUUUGCGAAGCGUAAGGUGUUCAACAAGGGCGGUAAGAUCUCAAUAAUAUGUCUCAGUCACACCGACCCCGUCGGCUUGGAGUUCGAGUUAAACAGUGCCGCUAGUAGUAACGAACUAAGCACUACGUGGGCAGCCAAUUUGCCACGUUUUGUUAACAGACGAGGCGCUGUGCCUAAUGAAGUAAACUACUCCGUCUCAAGCAAUAACAUGUCCGUUGAUUCGGAACUUAGCUUAAACGUACGACAUGUCAGCAUCGAAAGCAGGAGGAACUCGGGUGACAGUCAAGUAUCAGUUCAAAUUGCCGAGCUGAAAGCUAGGAGAAAGGUGAACGGCAGAAGACACAGACAGAAACACGGGAUGAGGAGCAACUCGAGAAGCUCACACAUUCGCAAAAACAGGUACAAAAGAGAAAGCAGCACGAGUCUAGAUUCGCAUUUCCAAUUUUUGAACGCCAUAACCGGUGGUGAUACGAAAAAUUUCGCACCCAAUUUGAAUAGAAGAUUAGGAAAUGCCGGGUUGGACAAUCAGCAAAUCAACAACAUCGUCAAUACUAAGAUUUUCAACAGGGACGUGAACAUAAGUGAGGAUGAAAACGUGUCUGUAACAAUAUCCGAAAGUAAAUUCAACGUUAAAGUAAGCAACGCUCCCACAAUGGAUCUAAAUGAUCAGUGGCUUGUUGAAUCGCUGUGCAAAAAGGGUGGCGUACAAAUUGAAGAAAUUCCAUCCAGUUCAGAUUCGGACUAUAAAGACAGUGCACAGGAAAAACGAUAUUCCAAAUCAGGAAGAGACUCGCAUUCGAGUAAGAAAUCAAGACGUUCUAAACGUUCAGCCCGAAAACACUACAGCAGUCGUUCAGCCAGCGAAGAAGAAACUCGCAGGCCCGCCGACGAUACGGAUAGUGACAGUAGUUCGUGUGCUGAAAUCCAGCAGCUCGUACAAAGCUCCUUGAAUUCUGGAGUGAGCGUUGGUUACGAGAAGAACAGGGGCAGCAGACAAUCGAAGACUUCGAAUGAUGUGGCCGUUCAGGCGAACGCGCAUGACAUAGUCAGCCAAACGGCCGCAUUCGAUUUGGAGAUGCAGAACAUAAAGACUGAAGAAAAAGAGAAGCACAAAAGUAAGAAAAUGAAGACGAACGAGAACAAAAAGUAUAAGAAAUACUGUGAUAUGAACGGAUCAUUUGAUAAAAUUAAAAAGUCCAAGGAGAAAUAUAGAAAAUACGGGAGCUCAGAGGAAAUGGUCAUAUUAAAUGACUCUAAUAGAAAAUAUUGAGUUCAACUGUAAAUUAUUUUAGUAUUUUACUACUAUUUUAUGAACAAUAUUCUCAUUUAGGAAUUGUAGUGUUAUGUAGGAAAUACCAAAUUUUCUAGUGCAGUAUUAGAUAUGUAAUGACUAGUUUUGUAUAAAUUUUAUACUGUUUUAUAUUAAAUAUAUAAAUGCG